UCUCUUGCCCUUGCUCCAUUCGCUCUCGCAGCAGUCCAUGAAAUUUCUGUCGGAGGCUUGAAGGCGGAUGGAACGCCAAACUUAAACUUCUACCCGAAUAAUAUCCAGACGGGUGUCGGAGAUGUUCUUCGUUUUACUUUCCAUGUGAAGAACCAUACGGCGACGCAGUCGAGUUUUGCUGAACCUUGCGCUAAACUCAAGGAUUCGUAUGGGAACUUGAUUGGAUUUGACUCGAAUUUCCAACCUGUCGCUAACGAAUACGGCUACUUACCGACGUUUGAGGUGACUGUCAAUGACACGAACCCCAUCUGGGUAUUCUGUCAGCAAAUCAACCCGCCGAACCCUACACACUGUCAAUCGGGAAUGGUCUUUGCCGCGAAUGCUCCACCGUCCGGAAACACGUUCGACAAGUUCCUCGCGAAUGCAAAGGCCUCAAAAGUGCAGGAUUCCAAUACUACUACGACUACAUACCAGUACACUAGCACAAGUAGUAGCUGGGGAUCAGUGGAUACUGAGACUGUUACGGUGACACAGACAGUUACUGAAACCACCACUAUUGAAGAUGGUUCAAGUGCUUCAGCAUAUUGGCCUGGAGCGCCUGCGUCGACUUCGGCUGCCUACCCAGCGACGCAUACUGUUAUCGUUGGUGGCGACGCCGGGUUUGUAUAUUCACCAUCGAACAUCACUGCUAACGUUGGAGACAAGGUCUUUUUCGAGUUCAGACAGAAGAACCAUACCGCUACUCAGUCGACUUUCGAUGAUCCUUGCAGAAAGAUUUCAGAUACGACGUAUCCACCGAUCAAUGGAUUUGAUUCCAACUUCAAUCCUGUUGAUGCUAAUGCGACUUACUUCCCAAACUUCACUAUUACUGUGAACGAUACGAGCCCUAUCUGGGUGUACUGCAGGCAGCAAGCUGCGAAUUUCAGUCAUUGUGGAGUUGGAAUGGUCUUUUCGGCCAAUGCUAAUCCGUUCUCCGACAAGUCGUUUGCGGCGUUCCAGCAGCUUGCGGUACAGAAGAAUGGGACU